AUGGUCUCCAACAAAUCCUUCAUCUUCAAGAAAGUCCCAACGCACGCCCCCGUGCCGGGCACACACAUCGCCGUCGAAACCCGCCAAUUCGACCUCGCCCAAGAACCUGCCCCCGGAGGCGCCGUCGUGCGCGGUCUAUACUUCAGUCUCGACCCAUACAUGCGCGGCCGCAUGCACGGCCCCGAAAUCAAAAGCUAUGCUCCGCCGUACGAGCUCGACAAGCCUAUUGUCGCGUAUGCCCUCGUGCAAAUCAUCAAGUCUGCGCACCCAAAAGUGAAAGCCGGGGAGGUUGUGUUUGGUCGGUUCGAUGUCGCAGAGUAUAGCGUUGCGGGCCGCGAGGCGCUGGAUUGGGACCAGACGACCCCCAUCCAAAACACGUAUGGUGUACCACUCUCGAAUUUCUUGGGUAUUCUCGGUAUGACCGGAAUGACGGCGUAUUCGAGUCUUUAUGAAAUCGGGCAGCCGAAAAAGGGGGAGACGAUCUUUGUGUCUUCGGCGGCUGGCGCUGUGGGACAGAUUGUCGGGCAGAUUGCAAAACAUGAGGGUCUGCGGGUGGUCGGCAGUGUCGGAGACGAUGACAAGUUGGAUUUCAUCUUGAAGGAUCUAGGGUUUGAUGCUGGUUUCAAUUAUAAAAAGGAAAAGGCCGGUGACGCGCUCAAGAGGCUGGCCCCGGAGGGUAUUGAUAUCUACUAUGAGAAUGUGGGAGGGGAGCAGUUGGAGGCUGCGCUGGACAAUAUGAAACUGAAGGGACGAAUUAUUGCAUGCGGCAUGAUCUCGCAGUACAACCUGCCGGCCGACCAGAAAUACGGCAUCAAGAACAUGGCCCUGGUCAUCGGCAAACGCCUCCGCAUCGAAGGCUUCAUCGUGGGCGACCCGGACUUUGGGCCCAAGUACUACAAGGAGCGGAACGAGCGGCUUGGUGCAUGGCUCGCGGACGGCAGCAUCACCAGCAAAGAGCACAUCGACGAGGGCAUCGACAAGGCGGCCGACGCCUUUGUGGCGAUGCUCGAGGGCAAGAACUUUGGCAAGGCGAUUCUCAAGGUGGCUGACCCAGAGUAG